ACUUCUCCAUAGCACUGCCGCUAGCUGGCCCAGCUUGCCCUGUCGAGCGUGCUGCGGCAUCUCCCCCAAAAGCGCCAGCCCGCCUCGAUAAAUCCACUUUCCUUGCUGCAGCACUCCUCACUGCGUCCCGCAGCAAGGUCCCAGAGCUCCCCGCCGCCAGUACGUCCCGUACUCGAGUGCUCUGACAACUGCACCUGCCACUCCUUUGCAAGUCCCUGUGUGCCUGCGGUCCUUUGCCAUAGGAGCUCUCCUAAUCCCCUGGGUGUACCGGCUAUACACCUACCACCACCGCAAACCACCAAUCUGAGCGCAUAGACUGCGAUUCUCCCACAAUGGCACCUUCUCUCAGUCUCCGUCCCCGGACCAGCGACCGUGAUCGCCCGCCAACCAGGGACCAUGGCGACCACAGUCUGAUCAUCCCGAGCCGCACCUCGUCCCUUCAUUCAAGAAUCACCCAGCCUCUGCCCUCGACGUUGAACGUACGACAAGGCGCAAAGAGCCCCAAGACCUUGACCCACGCAUACAUGGUGUGCGGUGUUGGAAGGGAGCCAUCACAAUGGGUCAAGGCGCCUGCCCCGAGCCAGGGCAAGAUUGGCCACAUGAAGGGUGCGGUGGGCACCUUCUGGCUGCCAGAGAUCUUGGGAAGCAGCCCGAGGCUCGAGCAGGACAACGAGAUUGCAAGGUCUCUCCACGCUGCGAUGCGGGCCUGCUUCCCCCACGACGUUGAGAUCUGCACCGGUCGCAGCCAGCCACACUGUGUGCACCACUCUUUUGUCCUCCAGCAGGACUCGUCACACACGCUCUACGGCAUAGCUCUGCGUGUCUGGUCGCGCGCCGACGAGAAGAGGGCUGAAACAAUCCGCGACCUUCGCAAGCGCAUCGAGCCCGAUUUCUUCGACAACCCCGAUGAGACGUACUGGAUCCCGUACUGCCUGAGCUUCCUCUCCCGGUAUCCCCUGUACAACCUCCUUGGGGACUACCUUCGUGGCAUGUGGAUUCACUGGAACAAGGCCACUAAUCUGUUCCACGCCGAGGAGGUGUCGCGCAUCCUGAGCUUCCCCGCUCCUCGCUUGAACGAUUUGGUUCGCAUCGACAUGAAGGACUACGCCCUGUGCUACCAGUUUCCUUCUUCGCCUACCGGUUUCCAAAACUUCGCCAUGUGGCCGCUGUUCACGUGUCUUUCCAUUCCCAACAUAGUUGGUGUAAUGGAAGCCGCCGUGUCUCCAACGCGACGAAUCAUCUUCACCAGUCACUACCCGGCAAUGCUGACCGUUGCGGCUGAAACUGUGCGAUUCUGCGUCAGGGUGUACGAGUGGAGCGGUCUGUACGUGCCCGUUGUCCAUGCACGCCACAUCAAAGAUCUGGUCCAGGAGCCAGGCCCAUACAUUCUCGGUGUCACCUCAGAGUGCCGCUCUCUCUUCACCGCCCCCACAGAUGCGUUGGUGGUAGACCUGGACCGAAACUUUGUGUUGACAUCCAGCCCGCCGACUGCCCUCACUGCUGGCCAGCGAUCGAAGAUGAUCACUCGUCUCACACAGGCGCUCAACGGCGAGAUCGCACCUACUGGAGUCCCGCAGCAUCUGCGCUCUGCGUACGGCGGCGGCAAGCUCAUCCCAGCUGGCCAGAUCAUCGUGAUGCGUGGCGAAGUAGAGAGCAUCCAGGACCCGGAGUGGUGGAAUCAGGACGCCAUCAUGACGGUCAUGGACCACGUGUGUGAAAAACUGGGCCGUAACACCGGUAUGAAGGCUAUCUUUGGCGGUUCCGUCAAGAAGCCACUCAUGACCAAGGUGUCCAUGCGCCACCUCAACGAGAUUGUGCGAGAACGCAACCAGUACUCGCGUGACGCACAAGAGGCUUGGCAGGACUUCAUCAACCUCAAGGGCCGCAUGGACACGGAGCUCGGCAAGGUCACCAAGAGGAACAACUUUCUCGUGGAGGAGCUUGAGAGCUGGAAGCAGCAAUUCCUCAAGUUCCAGGCGUUUGCCGAGCAGCUUACCAAGGAAACCCAGGAUCUCAAGGUCAAGAUUGAGAACCACAAGCGCGAGAACCGUCGCCUUACUGGCCUUAUUGACCAGCAAAAGGACGAUGCCGCACGCCUCUCUGUGCGCCUCUCUGGCACCGAGAAGCAGCGUGACGAUGCUCUCGAGGCUCUUGUUCUCCAGCAAGAAAUUGCCGAGGAACUGGAGCGCGAGCGCAUGAGGAACAAGAAGGAGCUUUCUGCUCUGCAGCACACCAACCAAGCCAUCCAUCGCCAGCGCGAUGAGGCUCAACGCGUGGUGCUCCACCUCCGUGCCCUGAUCGACGGCCAGACCCACCACAUGGAGCACAUCGUCAAGUCCUUGGGCGCUCCGGAUGCCGGCCUCGCUGGGUUCGUAGAGGAGGGCUUCGAGGACGUUCCUGAAGAGGGUGAGGAGGAGACCGAAGAGCCCGAGCGCACAGCACGGAAUCACUCUGAGGUCGCUCGUGCGGAGCGCAACCUUGAUUCGAGAGCAAGCACCGUUAUGGAUAGUAAGCAUCUCGAUGGCGAAGACGUCUCACCAGACAUGGAGCAGCGCUUACUCCAUUCUCCAGUGAACCGCAACCCGAAGCGAUUCUCCAACUCUUCUAUGAUCGAUGUUGCAGACCGCCACCUCCGCGACAAGACCGACGCCAUUGCGUACAUCAUCCGAAACAUCUCGGAGCAGUGCGCCGCGGCCGUCGAGGGUCUCCAGCUGGCCCAGCAGGCCGACACUGAGGAAGACUCCCGCAGCGAUCGGAGAUCCUCUGCUGUGCCGUCCACCCAGGGCAGCGACUACGGCGAGGAAGACAGCAUGCUGCGUCCCGGCCGCCACUCGAGCAUCCCGCCCACCCCGGACCUAACCCACAGGUCAAGCACAUCCAUGUCCAUGGCCAGCGCGUCGACCACGCCCGACAGGCACAGCCUGCAGCACCGGUUGCACGACGACGUGCCCGACGUGCCCACGCGCAUCAUCGAGCAGGACGACGAGACGCUCGAUGACGACAUGCAUCACGAGAUGCCCAUCUCCAAGUACGCGGCGCCGCUCGCGCGCCAGAGCGCGGGCCACAGGCAGGUCGCAUAAGCUCCGCCCUUGACUCUCUUCCUAUGUUGAUUACCCACUUCUUUACAUCCAUGAUGCCCGUCCGUUAUUUGGCGCUGUAUACUGGCGUUUGCGGUCUUGCUUUUCGACCCUGGCUGCGUUCGCACUUUCCUUGACGACAUGUUGUAUAUUCCGCUUCUAUACCUCUAUCUAUCUGGUCCAAGAGGGCCAUUUCAUUGCCGGGCCGUUGCGUCGGAGCGGGGCUUCGAGGAAGGAAGGAGGCUCGUGAGGAGCGAUGAGGGAACUGCGAGUAGAAGUAUGGGCGCGUUGGUGAGCGUGGUGAAAAUGUAGCGCUGUAUGUAGGUUUUCUGUAAUUGCGUAUAAUACCAUUUUUCUUACUGUU